UGUCCCCUCAGGUCCCCCAAAAACCCCCAGCAGAAGAUCAUCAAGCGGGUCAUCGGCCUGGAGGGAGACUUCAUCCGGACUCUGGGCUACAAGAACCGAUACGUUCGAGUCCCUGACGGUCACUUCUGGAUCGAGGGGGAUCAUCACGGACACAGUCUGGACAGCAACAGCUUCGGACCGGUGUCAGUGGGGCUGCUCCACGGUCGGGCCUCACACAUCAUCUGGCCGCCAAAUCGUUGGCAGCGAAUCACGCCGUCUCUGCCCCCAAACCGAGGGCCACUGGACUCCGAGGAAGACGAGGAAUGAAGUCCCACAGACACUCAGAUUUUAACAGCUUGUAAACAUCAUCUGAAGACAAACGAGGCGUCCGUCAGCGUUCUGAGGGACGGAGCUGUACGCCGGCGUACGAGUCAAAACACUGUUUUCUGUUCCAAAAUGUCAGAUCCAGGAGGAAGCCGCCGCCGCCGCUGCUGAGUGAGUCAUGAGAUCGUUCUGUAAACUCACCGUCCACGGGUUCUCUGUUCUGUUCCUUCUGACUCAUCCAGUUACCAAAAACACAGAACAGUUCUCUCCUUAAAGAAAAACCUUCAACCUUUUGUGUGUUCGUGUCUGAAGAUCCUACACUCUUAGAAAUAAAGGUGCUUACUAGAACCUUCUUCUGCAUCUUCCUGUAAAAGAACCCUUCUUGGUUCUUUGUAGAAACUUUUAUUACAGAUCCAGCUGCUUCUGUCGGUGUGUUUCCUGUCGCUUCUGCCUCGGUGUUUGUGUCCUCUGCGGUUCACUCGAGGACAACAGGAUUCAGUUAUUCUGGGAUACGAUGGCAGAAAACACAGUGUGUGUCAUUAUCUCUCAAUCUGUUUUCCCUGAGCUUCUGUUUGUGUUGCCGGUGUGGUCACCUCCGAGCAGAGAGCCGAGGCCGCCACCGCGCCGCCGCCGCCAGUUCACACAGAUCCUGUGAAUGCUCCCGUCUUUAUUCAGCGCUCUGAGAGGAGAAAUGAGCAUCUCGCCGCCUGCAUCAACCAGGUUAUCUCAAGUCUUAAUUAGAGAGAAACCGCAAAGACAAACAGCCGGCUGACUUCUGCCCGCCUCUCAAACAGCUCAGCAGCUCCGUCUUUGAGGAGCCGCAUCGCUGAUUUGCAUAAAUCAAAUCGAGGGAGCACUUGUGGUAAAUUCAGCCAAAUAGAGCUGUGAGUUGUGGCUGUUUAUUCUGCGACUCUAACAGCUGUGUCACGCCGUAAU